AUGGAAACAAGCUUUCUUUACCUCCUUCUUCUGCUAGUUCCAGCAAUUGUAAGCGCCCAAGUUCCCACCGGCUGUGUCGAGAUAAAAAAUGCCAACAUCAAAAAGUACCUGGUCGUUUCGCACAAGGAGAGCCACGACGCGGAUCGUCGCCACGUGACCUACAGCAGAGUGCCCGAACAGUGGCUGAUUUACCACGACCAGGGCCACUACCGGGUUCUGCACCAGCGGCUGCUGGAGGACCUGUUCGUGUCGGCCCAGGCCUGGCGGGGCCGUUACGUGUUCACCUGGAUGCCCGGAGAACGGAUCACUAACGGCCUGUGGGACAUUCUGCCCACCGGAGGGGGCAACUUUAUCUUCCAAAACGCAUACUACCGGGACUGUUUGCACACCAAGGGUUCGUUCGGGUGGGUUCAAGCGCUGCCGGAGUGCCAGGGAAGGGAUUUUGAGUGGGAAAUUCGUCUGGCUGAUUGUUGA